GACGGAGAUGCACGCGCCAAGAGGAGUCUUCUACAAACCCAGAGACCGGCGGACGUGGAACUAAAAACGAUUUUCUCUCUUCCGUGCCGCUGUGAGUGGGGACGCGCCGCGGCAGAAUACUGGGAUCGUCAAUGGCAGGAGAAACAGUGAUCAGAAGACCGAGAUGAAUUUUCACACUAUUCUAGAAGAGAUUCUUAUUAAAAGGUCACAGCAGAAAAAGAAGACAUCACCCUUAAACUACAAAGAGAGACUUUUUGUGCUAACAAAGUCCAUGUUAACCUACUAUGAGGGUCGAGCAGAGAAAAAGUACAGAAAGGGAUUUAUUGAUGUGUCAAAAAUCAAGUGUGUGGAAAUAGUGAAGAAUGAUGAUGGUGUUAUUCCUUGUCAAAAUAAAUAUCCAUUUCAGGUGGUGCAUGAUGCUAAUACACUUUACAUUUUUGCACCUAGUGCACAAAGCAGGGACCGAUGGGUGAAGAAGUUAAAAGAAGAAAUAAAGAACAACAAUAAUAUUAUGAUUAAGUAUCAUCCUAAAUUUUGGGCAGACGGAUGCUAUCAGUGUUGCAGACAAACUGAAAAACUAGCUCCUGGAUGUGAAAAAUAUAAUCUUUUUGAGAGCAGUAUAAGAAAAGCACUACCUCCAGCACCAGCACCAGAAAAAAAGAAGCGAAGGCCUCCCCCACCAAUUCCGCCUGAAGAAGAUAAUAGUGAAGAAAUCGUGGUAGCCAUGUAUGACUUCCAAGCAACGGAAGCACAUGAUCUCAGAUUAGAGAGAGGCCAGGAGUAUAUCAUCCUAGAAAAGAAUGAUGUUCACUGGUGGAGAGCAAGAGAUAAAUAUGGGAGUGAAGGAUAUAUCCCAAGUAAUUAUGUGACAGAAAAGAAAUCCAACAACUUAGAUCAAUAUGAAUGGUAUUGCAGAAAUAUGAAUAGAAGCAAGGCAGAGCAACUCCUCAGAAGUGAAGAUAAAGAAGGUGGUUUUAUGGUAAGGGAUUCCAGUCAACCAGGCAUGUAUACGGUCUCUCUUUAUACAAAGUUUGGAGGAGAAGGUUCAUCAGGUUUCAGGCAUUACCACAUAAAAGAAACAGUGACAUCCCCAAAGAAGUAUUAUCUGGCAGAAAAACAUGCAUUUCCUUCAAUUCCUGAGAUUAUCGAAUAUCAUAAGCACAAUGCAGCAGGACUUGUCACAAGGCUGCGGUACCCAGUGAGUGCAAAGGAGAAGAAUGCACCAACCACUGCAGGAUUCAGCUACGAAAAAUGGGAGAUAAACCCUUCAGAGCUGACCUUUAUGAGGGAGCUGGGGAGUGGACUGUUUGGAGUGGUGAGGCUGGGCAAGUGGCGAGCUCAGUACAAAGUAGCCAUCAAAGCUAUUAGGGAAGGCGCCAUGUGUGAGGAAGACUUUAUAGAAGAAGCUAAAGUGAUGAUGAAACUGACACACCCGAAGCUGGUACAACUUUAUGGUGUAUGCACCCAGCAGAGACCCAUUUACAUCGUUACCGAGUUCAUGGAAAGGGGCUGCCUUCUGAAUUUCCUCCGACAGAGACAAGGCCAUUUUAGUAGAGAUAUGUUGCUAAGCAUGUGUCAAGAUGUGUGUGAGGGGAUGGAGUACCUGGAGAGAAACAGCUUCAUCCACAGGGACCUGGCUGCCAGAAAUUGUCUAGUAAAUGAAGCAGGAAUUGUGAAAGUAUCUGAUUUUGGAAUGGCCAGGUAUGUUCUGGAUGAUCAGUACACGAGUUCUUCCGGUGCUAAAUUUCCUGUGAAGUGGUGUCCACCCGAGGUGUUUAAUUACAGCCGUUUCAGCAGCAAAUCAGACGUCUGGUCAUUUGGUGUUUUAAUGUGGGAAGUAUUCACUGAAGGCAGGAUGCCCUUUGAGAAAAACACCAACUAUGAAGUGGUAACCAUGGUUACUCGCGGCCACCGACUCCACCAGCCGAAGCUGGCGUCCAAAUACGUAUAUGAAGUGAUGCUGAGAUGUUGGCAGGAGAAACCAGAGGGAAGGCCUUCCUUUGAAGACCUGCUGCGCACGAUAGAUGAGCUAGUGGAAUGUGAAGAAACUCUUGGAAGAUAAGUGCUGCUGCAACCGGCAGCUUCCCGAUUCCAAAGCACAAGCAAGAAAUGGCACUUUGCGGCAAACCCUUAAUUUAUUUAGUGCUUGGACCUGCAGAUUGUUUUACUUAUAAUGUAGAAACACCUGAAGCCUUUGCUUCUAGACCAGCCUGAGCUCUGUGACUGGAUCUUCUGGAUUAUGGAAAUGCUGCCUUAGACGUGGUGGAUAAAGACACCCACUUCUAUUCAUUCUGAAAGUACUGGAGUGCCCACUGCAUGUUGGCACUGUGCCCAGGCCCCAGGGUCUGCCCAUUUUAGGGGUGGGGUCAUGCAUGUUGGUGCCGGUGGAAGGCCAGGGUAGUUGAGGGGGGAUAGCGGAGCCACAUUUCAGCCACCUCUCUCUUCCCUGUGACUUCUACAGAAAUCUGGGCUGGGGCAUUGUCUAGUGGGUGGGUUCUGGAUGACUCAGGAACCUACCUCAGAUAAGUACCCAACUUUUUUUGAAACCUCUCUUUCAAGACUGCCAUUAGUAUUACAUGAAAACAUAUUUGUAUGCUGUAUAUAUUGUAAAUAUAUAUAAUAUAUA